GUAUUUCAAUAUAUAUUGUUCCUGCUUGGGUAACCACAUUGUUGGCCUGUUACAAUACAUACAUCAUGAUGGAUUUGACAAAUAUCCACUUUGUUCGAUCAGAUUUGCUCAAUGUGCGCCAGUCUGGUCAAUGGUUCCAUUGACUGCUAUACUGCCAAGAUCCUUUAAACGUGUACAUUUGAAAGUUACGCUUGCUUCGCCUUUAAGCAACCUAGGUAUCAGCAGGCAAGCCAGUAGGGUCUGGAGACUAUAGUGAGCGUCGAUUGGUUAAUCAUAACUCGAUGUCGCUGAGUAUUUGAAUAGUUUAUUCCAAUUUUGGUCCCUCGCCCAACGUCCACCUCCUGACAGUUGGAGAAAUUGCUUUUUGGACUAUGAUAAAGUCUUGACUCUGAGGCUCUAUUGAGAAGUACAUUUACAUGCUAGAAGUGUAAUCAGUGAGCCUAUUCCUGAGAUCACAGCAAUUUUAGAAUAUGAUGCAUGAACGCUUGUGAAUGAUACAAGGUUUCCCCUAAAUCCCUGUGCGCAUCUUGAGGGUCCCGGAAUCUGUCUGCCAGACAGCUGUGGCGCAGGGACUUUAUGGCAGCAGGAGCUUGGAAGAGGGAGGGGGUGUACUCGUCCUGCAGUCUGGCUCCAGCAGCAGAGAGAGGGAGUAGUGCAAAGAACUGCUGGCACGUCAAAAUUGGAACAAAACCCUCACAGGGGUGAAAAAUGUAUGCUGUCACAAAGUCACGUCAGCGACGAAGAAUGGGCGCUUUUGAUAGGCUACAUGUUUUAGAUGUUCUUAACCUACGUACAAAUACCCCAAUCUUUAUAUUGAGAUAGGGGUAUUUGUUGUAGAAACAUUUGGGACAUACAGAGAAAGACAAAUACGAUCCGUUAUCCGCCAGGCCUAAAUAGAUGUGACAACUAUCCUGUUGAUUCUCGCCCCCUCUAUUUACUUAUUUGUAGAUCAGCGUGCCAACGCUUGUAACCGGGACAGCAGGGGACUGACCAACCGCGCUCCUCGAGCCAGAGGAAGAGACUCGCAAAUCAACGCAUCAGACAAGUGCGAAAGUUCCGAUAGGAAUCAGUGCAUUGUCAUUCAGUGGCGCCGUAACCGGCGCUACGUUUUCUGGAUUUGCAGAGGAACUAUUUGAUAGAAAAAAUGGAGUGGAAACAUGUUGAGGCUGUACAGGAAUUUACAGUUGAAGGACAAUGCAGCAAAAUUAAGGUGCGAUCUUGCAGAAUUACAUGGGACGCCCACCAGGUGGGGAACCCUUGCGUGGAGCUGACUCUGUCGGAGCUGCAGGAGAUGGCCACACGGCAACAGCAACAGAUCGAGACCCAACAGCAGAUGCUGGUUGCCAAGGAGCAGCGUCUGAGGUACCUGCAGCAGCAGGACCACAGACGGGGCCAGACGGUAUCAGAGGCUGAGAAGCUACAGAGGUUGAAGGAGCGAGUGGAGAGUCAGGAGGCCAAACUAAAGAAGAUCUGCGCCAUGAGGGGCCAGGUGGACUACAGCAAGCUCAUCAAUGGAAACCUGUCGGCUGAGAUCCAGCAUGUGAGUGGGCAGUUCCAGGAGAAGCAGGCAGAGCUGCAGUCAGCUGUGGUGAAGGUGGACCAGCUCACCCAGCAGCUGGAGGACCUGAGGAGGGGACAUCUCAACGGCCUGCAGCCCCUAGGAGGACCUCUCACUGGCACCGCCGCUCUGGAGCUACGCAAACUCUACCAGGAACUACAGGUGCGUAACAAGCUGAACACGGAGCAUAGUGGCAGGCUGCAGCAGAACAAGGAGCUGCUGAGUAAGCGCAACACGGAGGUGACCAUGAUGGACAAGCGCAUUGGGGACCUUCGCGAGCGCCUGCACAAGAAAAAAACAGAGCUUAACAGGAUAAACGGUCCUCCCUCCCCCCAGCCCACCCCCAGCAGCUCAGGCCGCGUGGCCGCUGUAUGUCCGUACAUCCAGGUGCCCGUCCCAGGCAGACAGGAGGUGGGCUACGCUCUGCCCCCAGACCCCGUUAAACCACCGUUUGUCCCUGGGACUGGCACCAUCAGCCAUGGCCGCUACAAAUCAGGGGAGGAAGGGUGCGGUGUGAGGAAGCCCUCUGUCCAAUGGAAGGUCUCAGAUUUAGACAUCAUAGUGGACCCCAUGGAGAUGAGAGAGGGGCCCCGGUCCCCCUCAGGGGCCUACAGUGCCGACACCAAUGAAGCAGUGUGGCCCACCCUGAGUAAAAGUGUCUCCUCGAUGCAACCUUCAGAUUGGAGGAACACCAGCCCAGACCAGAGCCUUGACUUCAGUAAGCUACCAGGAGGAUCCGUGUCCAAACCACUACCCAUCUACGGGACCUACCCUGCACCUACUGGCCACCCGUCUAUAGUCUGCUCUACCAGCUCCCUGACCAGGUCUGUCCCUGCCACUUUAGCCUGGCAGCGUUCAGCCCCAGCACCUCCUGGUUACUCCUCCCAGCAGAUCCAGCAGCGUAUCUCUGUCCCCCCUAGCCCCACACCCCAGUCAGGCCAGGGGGAGGGGGAGAGGCCUGACCCCCCGCCGGCUGUGGCUGUGAGGCCAUACAUUCCAGACCGGUCCUCCUCCAGGCCUCAGUCCCCCAGGAAGGGCCCUGCCACUAUGAACUCCUCCUCUAUCUACCACAUGUACCUGCAGCAGCCUGCAGCAGCCAAGAGCUACCCAGCAGGAGGCAGGUCUGCUGUCAAAGCAGUGUAUGGGAAACCCGUGCUUCCCUCCAGCACCUCUCCCUCCCCUGUGCCCUUCCAGCACGGGGCACUGUCCCCAGGAGGAGAGAGUGGAGAGGACAUGGUGGACAGGGAAGGGGACACCACAGAGGGUAGACUCCUACCCCCUCCCAGUGUGGAGAACAUCCCGCGGCCCCUGAGCCCCACCAAGCUGACCCCCGUGGCCCAUUCCCCGCUGUGCUACCAGAGCGACGCCGACCUAGAGGUCCUGCGCCGGCGGCUGACCAACGCACCGCGCCCGCUGAAGAAACGCAGCUCCAUCACAGAGCCAGAGGGCCCCACCGGACCCAACAUCCAGAAGCUCCUGUACCAGCGCUUCAACACCCUGGCCGGAGGCAUGGACGGCAGCAACAGCACCCUGUUCUACCAGCCCGUCUUCAUGGGUGGUGUCCUGGGAUGUCCGGACAUGGACAACAUCAACACUUCAAAUGGGAACCUGAUCGGGACAGCUUCCCUGGUCGUCACUGCGGCAGACAUUCCCAACUCAGACCAUCGCCUGUCCUCUUCCAUGUCCCCUUCCUCUGACUCCAAUGACAAAAGGACACCCCCACCCAGUGAGACCGCUCCCCGCGUGCCCACCCCCCAGCCCAGCCUGGAAUACAACUACAACAACCAACCUGGUCCUGCUAGCACCACCUCCACUCCCAGGCCCAUCCCCAUCCCUGAGGCCUCGUCUCCCCAGCAGAAAGAAACCUCUCUCUGGACUGUCACACCCCCGGCAUUGCCUAAGCAGAUCAAGAGGACUAACCUGAAGAAGCCUGAAUCAGAGCGGAUAGGCCACGGGCUGCGGGUCAAGUUCAACCCUCUGGCCCUGCUACUGGAUGCCUCUCUGGAGGGAGAGUUUGACUUGGUGCAGCGGAUCAUCUAUGAGGUUGAGAACCCCAGCACGGCCAAUGACGAGGGCAUCACCCCCCUUCACAACGCCGUAUGUGCUGGACGCCACCACAUCGUCAAGUUCCUGCUCGACUUUGGAGUUAACGUCAAUGCUGCUGACAGCGAUGGAUGGACCCCACUACACUGUGCGGCCUCCUGUAACAGUGUGCAUCUCUGUAAGCUGCUGGUAGAGUCAGGGGCGGCCAUCUUUGCCACCACCAUCAGUGACGUGGAGACAGCGGCUGAUAAGUGUGAGGAGAUGGAGGACGGAUACACACUGUGUUCCCAGUUCCUCUUCGGGCUGCAGGAGAAGCUGGGGGUGAUGAAUAAAGGGUCUGUGUAUGCGCUGUGGGACUACGAGGCACAGAGCUCAGACGAGCUGUCCUUCCACGAGGGAGACGCCAUCACCACCCUGAGUCGCAGGGACGACGCUGAGACAGAGUGGUGGUGGGCCAGGCUACAUGACAAGGAGGGCUACGUACCACGCAACCUGCUCGGGUUGUAUCCAAGGAUCAAGCCUAGACAACGUUCUCUGGCAUAGAGAAGACGGUGCACUUUGCUGAGAAGGCAGUGCACGUUGUUGCGCUCUGACUGGGCUCAGAGCUGGGUCUGACUGGAUCUGCAGACAGUGGCUGUGACGGGAAAGUGCCCUCUCUCUGUGCCAGUCUGUGCCACCCCAGAACAAAGGACAAGGGCCAUGGCAUGGACAGAGGGGGCCAUAUCCGGACAGAGACAGACAGACAGACAGACAUGCUUGGAAUUGGUAGUCACUUACCAAAGAGGAAGUAGAGGCAGUAUCCACGGCCCAGAGAUCUGUCUAAAAAAUAUUGUAAGGUCCCCCCUGCCCUUCAUUGGACCAUGAAGCAAUGAAGCUCAUUGGAUCAUGAAGCAAUGAAACAAAACAUUUUUGUUUUAUUUUCAAUGACUCCCAUCACCCUGCCACCACCCCUCAUCCAGAGAAUACUCUGAGCAGAGCUUCCCUCUUUCCCCUCUCACUCAGUGUUUGUCUCCUGUGUGUCAGAGUUAGGACUUGAAUGUGAUGAUCUCAGAAAAGGGAGCAGAGAACAGGAGCAGUCAUGAGUUAUUGAAUAUGGGUUUUGCAGUAAGUGCUGUUUGAAGGCGAUCAGAGUUUAAACCCUGGAGUUCAUAUCUUCAGGGUUCAGCAGAGGAAAGAAGGGAACAGGUUUUUACAAGAUGAGAAAAGGAAGGAAAGACACAGAAGGUGUAAUUGAAAGACUUUGAAGGCCAGUUAAAACUACUAAAAGAUGUGUGGAAUUUUUAAAACAGUCAUACAAUGUUGGUGUUAUUUAUGCAAACCAAAAUGUGUUCUGAAGGAAUGAGUGGAAGAUGUAAUGCUGGGAUGGGAAAGUGAAAGGGGCUGCAUUCUCUUCUACAGAUGCAAUAACUAUGAAGCUAACUAUGGGCGUGAAUUUGAACUAAACUCAUCAAAACACUCAUAAGCCUACAGUAUAUAAAUGCUUUAUCACCUAAAAAGGCCUAUAGUUGGAUCUCUGUUUGGAGUUUGUAUUCAUAUUGAGUUACAUUUUAGCAGACGUUUGUACAUUGUAUUGUUUUCCCUAUUUUUGUUUCAGGUUGGUUGUUGUCUUUUUAAUACCUAUCAUGCAAAGUGAUACACAUUUUGAUCACUGAGUAUAGCCAUACCACAGGAGGUUGGUGGCACCUUAAUUGGGGAGGAUGGGCUUGUGGUAAUGGCUGGAGCGGAAUAGUGGAAUGGUAUCAAAUACAGCAAACACAUGGUUUCCAUGAGUUUGAUGCCAUUCCAUUUGCUCCGUUCCAGCCAUUAUUGUGAGACGUCCUCCCCUCAGCAGCCUCCACUGAGCCAUACUGUACUAUCUUUGGUAUAGCCUACCUGUUGACUGAUGCUGGCUUGAUCUAUAGGUUGUGUAUUACCAUCAGUUCUAUGGGAUGGUUUAUGUGACAAAACAAACACCAAUCAAUAUGCACAAUGAAAUGUAAAUGUACACAAUAAAUAAUGAUUUCCCUUAAAUGGGGAUAUUUUUUUUUUAACCUAUACUGAACAAAAAUAUGAAUGCAACAUGUAAAGUGUUGGUCCCAUGUUUCAUAAACUGAAAUAAAAGAAUCCAGAAAUGUUCUAUAUGCA